GUCCAUGCACCUCCCCCACCACAUCACGCACGUACUCCCGGCUAUUCCAUUUCCACCACAGCCUGAGAAAUUUCCCCACAAUUAAGCCCCCUGCAGUCCGUCAAACAGCCGAGUCCGUUGCGCGCUCCUAUAUAACCUCAGACCGGCACCCUAGACGACGUACACCAGCCAUAUGGGCGAGCCUAUACGUGCGUUCUCACUCAGUUCGAGCUCCACGACGAUAAAUCGACCGGCGGAAUAACGUACGGCACCACAUGGGCGAGCUGCCUCCUGGGUACCGGUUCUACCCGACGGAGGAGGAGCUGGUGCGCUUCUACCUCCGGCACAAGCUCGACGGCGGCCACCGCGCCCGCGACAUCGAGCGCGUCAUCCCCGUCGCCGACGUUUGCUCCCUCGACCCUUGGCAGCUCCCAGAGGCGCACCGGGGCGUGGGGGGCGGGGAGCCGUGGUUCUACUUCUGCGCGCGGCAGGACCGGGAGGCGCGCGGCGGGAGGCCCAGCCGCACGACGCCGUCGGGGUACUGGAAGGCGGCGGGCACCCCGGGCCUGGUCUACUCAGUCCAACUCAACGGCCACCCCAUCGGGACCAAGAAGACCAUGGUCUUCUACACCGGACGCGCCCCGGCCGGCACCAAGACCAAGUGGAAGAUGAACGAGUACAGGGCUCUCGACCACGACGUCGGUGCCGCCGCAGCUGCUCCGGCGGCACCCAACCCUUUCGCUCUCCACCCGAGGAGCGAAUUCACCUUGUGCCGGCUGUACACCAAGUCGGGGUGCCCGCGGCAGUUCGACCGCCGGCCGUGCACUGGCGCCGCGGCAGGCAGCAGCGCCGAGGACCCGAUGUCGUCGUCGUUUGCCGCGUUGGGGAACGAGGAAGAUGAAGUGGGAAGGGGUCAGAAGAGAAAAAGGCAGGCGGCGCCCAACGACGGCGCAUCGUCGAGCAGCGCCGCCUGCUUCAUGCAGCAGCGGCAGACGCAUGGAGGCGCCGAUGAGGAGGAGGAGCUCGCCGACUACAUGAUCGACUGGGCAGAGUUUUUGGACUGGAUUUGAUACAUGGACGUCUAUGAAGCUUGACCAGAAACACAAUUCACAAUUUUAUUGAUUACAAAUUGUUAAAUUCUUUCAAAAAAUAAACACAAUUUCGUACCCAAGCUUUAGAUAAGCUAAUUUUUUAGUAUUUUUGUAAGAUCUUUUGCAUCGACACAAUCAUGGCAUUCUGUACCCUUUUCGCUGUGGAACAAGGAAAUUAAUUUUAAUCAA